AUGUGCCAGCUCCACUGCUGCUCCUCUGACCGCUACAGCAUGGCCAUGCAGGUGCCCUGGUGCCAAGACAGAGAACAGCUCUGCUUCCUCACUGAUGUGCUCCAGCGCAGGACAUGCCAGCGCCCAAAGCAUCACACGGGCGCAGGCACACUCUCCCGGCAGUGUUUCUAUGGGAGGCCAUGGUCCGUGGAACAGAGGAAACUUCUCUUUCAAUGGCUGAGACGCUGGGGCCUGAACUGCUACGUGUACGCGCCCAAGGACGAGCUGAAGCACCGGCUGCUCUGGCGAGAGCCCUACACAGAGCAUGAGGCAGCCUGUAUGCGGUCUCUCAUCGAAGCUGCCCAAGAGCAGGGUGUGGAGUUUGUUUUUGCCAUUUCUGCUGGCCAGGACAUAGUGUUUUCAAGUGGUGGAGAUCGGCUCCUGCUGCAGCAAAAACUCAGGCAGGUGGCUGCCAUGGGGUGCCACUCCUUCGCGCUGCUCUUUGACGACAUCAACCCCUGCAUGUGCCAAGCCGACAGAGACGUCUUCCCCUCCCUGGCGCAGGCUCAGGCCACUGUGGCCAACGAGGUGUACCGGGAGCUGGGCCAACCCUCCAUCUUCCUCUUCUGCCCGACAGAGUACUGCAGCUCUCUGUGCUCCCCCAGCCCCAGCCAGUCCUGCUACUUGCUGACUCUUGGCCAGGAGCUGCUCCCAGGGAUCGGUGUCAUCUGGACGGGCCCAAAGGUGGUGUCACAGGAGCUCUCGGCCACGCUGCUGGAGGAGGUGGAGGGUGUCCUGCGGCGCCAGCCCGUCAUCUGGGACAACCUGUACGCCAAUGACUACGACUGCAGACGCGUCUUCCUGGGGCCCUACAUGGGUCGUGCCCCUGGCCUCGUACCCAGGCUCCGGGGACUACUCCUCAACCCCAACUGUGAACUCCAGGCCAACUUCAUCCCCAUACACACAUUUGGCAGCUGGUUUCAGAGCGAGCUUGGGAGCUGUGCCCACGCUGAUGAUGCAGGUACCUGGCCUCUGUGCUGGCAGUGA